AUGGACACCCUGAGGAACAAGACAGUGGAGGAGCUCCAGGAGCUGCAGGAAAACGCCGAGGAAAUCGAGCGCCUGGCUCUGGAAUCCCAGGAGGUGCAGGAGCUGCAGCUGGAAAGGGAGAUGGCCCUGGCUUCCAACCGCAGCCUGGCCGAGCAGAACCUGAAGUUCCAGGCCCCGCUGGAGUCGGGAAGAGCCGACCUGUCCAACAAAUAUGAGGAGCUGCAGGAGCUGGCAGAACGUUGUAAGGAGCAGAAGGCAAAGCUGGAGAAAUUCGUGGCAGCCAUGCAUCCCCAGACCCUGCUGGAUCUCCUGCAGGUGGAGAGCCAGAAGAUCGAGGAGGAAUCUGAGAAAAUGGCUGAGAAAUUCCUGGAGGGAGAAGUGAGCCUGGAAACCUUCCUGGAGCAGUUUUCCCUGAUGAGGAAGUUGUCCCACUUAAGGCGGGUGAGGGUGGAGAAGCUGCAGGAGAUGGUGAGGAGGUCGGAGGCGCCGCAGCCGGAUCCCGCCGGGGACUCCCACCCUCCCCCCACCGCCCUUCCCGGGGACCCACCGAAGCCUCAGCCAUUCCCAACGGGAACUCCGCCCUUCCCCCUGCCCUACAGCCCCACCCCAAACAUGCCUCAGGGUCCCACAGCCCAAGGAGCUCUUCCUCCUGCUCCUUUCUCCAGCUCUCCUGUCAGCGUGGGACACGUGGCCUCUUCCCAACCCAGCUCCCAACCCGCUUUUCCCUAUAAACCUCCUCCAGGGCCUGGAUACAUCCCAGCUGCUGACACCACCCCAGGGUAUCCCAAACUUCCCUCUGGGAGCUCUGCUCCAGCACCAGCCUAUUCCUGGUCUCCAUCCAGGGGUCCCCCACCAUUUCCCACCUCUCACCCCUCUCCUCCCCAACCCCCCAGACCUGGAUAUCCUCCCUACUUCCCACCUGGAACAGGGAGACCACAGUGACCUUACCCAACCCAGCCACCUCUCCCAAAUUUCCCAAUCCCCCCACAGCCUCCCUAUCCUCCUGGAGCCCCCCCACCCUUUGGAUACCCCCCACCCCCAAACCCUCCACGUCCUGCUUGGCCUGGCUACUAA